UUGAAUGGACUAGACUUACAUGCGAGAUCCACUACGGCCACAUAAACAGGCUGCUCCUACACACUGUCUCCUCCACCAUCUGACUCAUCCACUUCACUUAUUCAACCUACAGGUCAAAAUUCAUCCCACAUCACGUUGCGAGAAGGUAGCUGUGUAUCAUAGUACCUGGGAUCUCGAGGUCGACGAAAGAGGAGUUGAACUCGGGUCACACAUCGGGACACUGGAGUUGUCGCUCAGCCUCGUCGUUACUGGAACCGUGGCGGCAAACAGGAGCGAGGCGGCUGGGCCUGUGCAGGGGCACGCCCGAGCGGGGCAGGGCGGAGCUCAGUGCCUCGGCUGGGGGCGGGUUCACGCCUUCGCGGGAGGAGCUCAGCUGCUCAGCGUCCGCGGAGGUGACCUUGGUCAUCCAGAGCAGGCGGGCGACCUAGGCAGAUCUCGGGUCGGCGGCGGCUCCGCCUGGGCGCGGGCAGGUCCAGACGAGGGCACUGCCGCCUAGCGUCGACGGCUCGGAGCUAUGGAACUCAUAGGCGCGGUUGCGCUCGUGCCUCGCGUGGUGCCGACGGUGGCCCAGCCAACCCUUCCUCCUCCUCCUCCUUGCUGUCGCCGCCUAACAGGGAGAGGGGCAGUGGAGGCGCAGAGGAGAGAGCGGUCGUCGGAGCAGAGGCGCCCAUGUCGGAUUUGUGCCCGCUCGCCAUGAAGUCGCCCCAAUCAGAGAAGUGGAGGCCUAGGGGAUGAGGGUGAGCGGGCGGCGGCACUAGCGCUACGGCGCAGCAGUGAGAUCUAGAGUAGAGAGAAGUGGCCGGGUUUUUAAGUUUGACAAU